UGGAAAAACUUGCAAUAGAGUCUUGUUAGUCGUUUCUGCUGUGGUAUUGAGAUUGGUUUUAUUAAGUGUUGUGUGUUUUUCUACAUUUCUUUUAUAAAUGUGCAUAAAAGAAAUUUGAUAUAAUGGUACAAGAUAGAUAAAUAUUGAAUAGUAUGAGACAUAUAUUGCUUUUACAGCACAUACAAACCACUUAUACUCUAAAGUGUUCAACUAUAACCUCUCUCUAACGGGAGACAUCUAAGUGACUACGAAAUCAUAAGAUUUGAAUUUUGAAGAGAUGGAAAAAAAUAAGGGUUUCGCCAGUGGAAGUACUCAACCAUCAGCCCCACCACCAUCAGCACCUCCAUCAUAUGAGGAGGCUGUUGAAAAUGCAGCUGGCAUAUCUCGACAACCAAAUAUUCCACCAUAUCCAGUAGGACCAUCUUCUAUGCCAAUCCCAACUCAUACUCAGUCGCCGAAUCAGACAACGGUGCCAUAUCCACCGAAUUAUUCAGGGCCCAGCGAACCACCAUCGCAACCACAAACGCAGUAUAGUGCAAAUCCAAAUACAGCUGCUCCACCAGAGUUCCGAGUUGUUUAUCAGCCAGUAAUUUAUUCUUUGAGCCCAAAUCCAACAAAAACGACCUGCCCGACGUGUCACACCAGCAUUAAAACCACUACGAUAUCAGAUCAUCAACCAAGCGCUCAUCUAUGCUGUAUCGUGCUCUGCUUACUUGGAUGUUGCCUUUGCUCAUGUCUGCCAUAUUGUAUGAGCAACUUCAUGAGUGUCCAUCACUUUUGUCCGAAAUGUAAAAAUUAUAUUGGUACGUGGAAGGGUUGAGCUAAGCCUGCUGACACAUAUACUUGUAUAUUGUUAUGCGGUCUUUUAUGUAAUCGUACACAGUGUAAUGUUAUGGGGAAUAAGCAGCUUCCCUGCUUGUCGCAUUUUGCGUUAAAAGAAAGAGCUAUUCGACGAGAUUGUCAUAGAUCAUAUUUCAAGACAACUAUAUAUGUGAUGCUUAUUCCUUGCGAGGUAAGAUAUGAAUGCAAUCUGUUGCGUGUGAAUAGUUUCGAACACUUGUAGAUUCCAUGUUGAUUUAUAUGUGAAACGAUGUGAUCGAGUGCGUAUGUGUGCUGAUAUAGAUAGUAUGCAAUAAUAUUAUAAAGAUAUUUUCGAGCAUUGAACCUGUGAGCAGUAUUGUUCUCACUUACGUUUGUCAUAUUCCAUAUAGUCUUAGAAAGAUCUUUUUAGGAAGAAAGAAAGAGAAGGUAAAAAAUUCGUCUGAAACGCAGGAAAGUCCUUCUCUUGCUUAUUUCAAUAUGUUUCAUUAGUGAGUAAGAAAGAAGAGAACGAUUAGUUGAGACUGAGUAUAGAAUGAAGGUUGUUCCAUCUCCUGUUUGCAACAAUAUUCGGAUAUUCAUAUACUUGUAUUUUAUUGGUGCUUCCGGAACUUUAAGUGAAACGAAUUCCUGCAUUAUAUAUUACAUAUAUAAUAUAUAUAAAUUAUUGGCUAAACUUCGUCGGAUACCAUUUUUAAAACAAUUUUUUUUGCAUAAGCUGAUAGUAAUUGAUAAAUAUAACCGAUAAACAUAAUGAUUUUCAGUUGUGUUAGAAUUUACACUGGUUCAAAAAUUAUGCUUUAUUAAAGUAUUUAAUGUAGUGAUAAAGUAAAUUUUAUUAUUUAUUAAAAUACAUAAUGAAUAAAUAAAUAAAUAAAUUGUUUGCUAAAUUUCGCUUCGUUGAUCUUUAAAAUAAUAUAAAAAUAUGAAUUGAUUUGUGAAACAUUUUUAGUUGUCUCCCGGCGGCCGAGAAAAUAUAACAUAGCCAGUACUAAUUCAACAUACUUCUUAAUUUUUUAAUAAAUUAGGUACUUGAUCAACAGAGCCUGAAACACGAUCUGUCUCCAGUGCAUGAGAUACUGUCUACUUACGCAUCGGUAUGCAUAAACCGAGGAAAACUUUGAAGAGAUCGCGUUCAGUAUUUCAAAUUGACGAAACUUUAACAAUGCAUAAUUAAAACAAAGGAUUCUGACGCUCAUAAUCUAAUAUUUCGUUUCUAUUCAUUGAAUAUCAGAAUAUGCAAAGAAUAAGUUAAAAAAAGAAAUAAUGCCCGAAAACGAAGUUUAGCCAAACUAUCAUAUGAAAGGUGAUAUUUUUAUGCAGAUUGCAGAAGGAUUUGCAUAUUGUACGAAAAGUAUCCGAAUUACAUUAGUAUAAAACGAAAGAAAUUCCACUUGCGUGUUUCCGUUUUCUAGUUUUUUUGUUUAAAUAAUUUAUACCGAAUAUCAACUGGUAAAAAAGACUUUUUCGGAGAAAAAGACUUUCGUGAAGAGGGAAGUUUUGAAUAAAAGGAAUGAAUGAUCUUGUGAAUAUCCUCGAACAUUCAACAAUAUUUUGUGGAGAGAAUAUUUAAUAAAAAAAGUCCAAGUCGUGUUCCGUUUAAUAUUCCACGUGUUUAAGGUAACGACUCAAGCAUUUCUAUGAUUCCAUUUGUAUGUACAACGAUUUUGUUUGUUUUU